AUGGCUUUCCAUGUGGAGGGACUGGUGGCCAUAGUUGUCUUCUACCUGGCAAUCCUGGCAGUAGGGAUAUGGGCUGCUUGGAAAACCAAGAACACCGGCAGUGAAGGAGAUCGCAGCGAAGCUAUUAUAGUCGGUGGAAGAGACAUUGGUUUACUGGUUGGUGGAUUUACAAUGACAGCCACAUGGGUUGGAGGAGGUUACAUCAAUGGGACAGCAGAAGCUGUGUAUGUCCCCGACUAUGGUCUAGCUUGGGCUCAGGCCCCUAUUGGAUAUUCCCUUAGCCUGAUCUUAGGUGGCCUUUUUUUUGCAAAACCCAUGCGAUCCAAAGGCUAUGUGACAAUGCUGGACCCUUUUCAGCAGCUUUAUGGAAAAAGGAUGGGAGGACUACUGUUUAUUCCAGCUUUAAUGGGAGAAAUGUUUUGGGCUGCUGCCAUCUUCUCUGCCUUAGGUGCGACUAUAAGUGUGAUCAUUGACAUUAAUGUCAAUAUUUCAGUCAUUAUUUCUGCCCUGAUUGCCACUAUGUACACACUUGUGGGCGGGCUUUAUUCUGUGGCCUACACCGACGUAGUUCAGCUCUUCUGUAUCUUCCUGGGACUGUGGAUCAGUGUCCCCUUUGCCAUGUCCCAUCCUGCAGUAACAGACAUUGGGCUCACGGCUGUACACCAGGUGUACCAAGCACCUUGGCUUGGAUCUAUCAACUCACUUGACAUUUACACAUGGUUGGAUAAUUUCUUUUUACUGACAUUAGGAGGAAUUCCAUGGCAAGCGUAUUUCCAGAGAGUUCUUUCCUCAUCUUCUGCCACAUAUGCUCAAGUUCUGUCAUUCCUGGCUGCUUUUGGCUGUCUCGUGAUGGCUAUUCCUGCAGUACUGAUUGGUGCGAUUGGAGCAUCUACAGCUUGGAACCAGACUGAAUAUGGUGUGCCGGACCCCAAGAGCAAAAAAGAAGCAGAUAUGAUUUUACCCAUCGUGCUGCAGUACCUUUGCCCAGUCUAUAUCUCGUUCUUUGGCCUCGGUGCCGUAUCUGCUGCUGUGAUGUCCUCAGCUGACUCCUCAAUUUUAUCAGCAAGUUCUAUGUUUGCUCGGAACAUUUACCAGCUUUCCUUUCGGCAAAAUGCUUCAGACAGGGAAAUUGUGUGGGUCAUGAGAAUCACUGUUCUUCUCUUUGGAGCAUCAGCAACAGCAAUGGCACUGCUGGCUUCGUCAGUGUAUGGCCUCUGGUACCUCAGCUCUGACCUGGUUUAUAUCAUCAUAUUCCCCCAGCUCUUGUGUGUGCUAUUUAUUAAAGGAACCAACACCUACGGUGCCAUUGCAGGAUACCUGUUUGGCCUCGUCCUCAGAAUAACCGGAGGAGAACCGUACCUCUACCUUCAGCCCUUGAUCUUCUACCCUGGCUGGUAUCAAGAUGAUAACAAUCUCUAUAUCCAGCGAUUCCCAUUUAAAACACUGGCAAUGCUCUCCUCCUUCUUUACUAAUGUCACAGUCUCCUACUUAGCCAAAUACUUAUUUGAGAGUGGGACUUUGCCACCAAAGCUGGACUUUCUUGAUGCUGUUGUUGCCAGAUACAGUAGAGAACACAUGGACAAAGCAACUCUUGUAAAAAGUGACAAUAUUGUAUUAAAUGAACUUGCGCCUGUGAAUCCACGACACAGUCUAACUUUGAGCUCAACUUUCACAAACAAGGAAGCCUUCAACUACGUUGAUUCAAGUCCAGAACUGUCCAACACUGAAGAUAAUUAAAAAAUCUUGUAGCCACAGUCAAAACAAUGAGAAGCAGGAUAUUCUGCAAAGAAUAGUAAGAAGUGUUUUAUCAGAAGAAAAGCAAGAAUUGGGAAUAAAUGCCACUGCACAUUCUUUAAGUUGU